AUGGCGCAAACAAAUGCAGCAGAGCAGCAAGAUGAUGAUUUCUUAAGUUUAUGUGAGAAUAAAAAUGAAGAAGAAACACAUGGGCAGCAGCUUCCACUUCCACUGAAUCAUGAUGAUGCUGACACUAAACCUAUGGAGAAUCUCAAACACCCAAGUGAAUCAGAAAGAGAGACACAGAAAGAGAAUCCACAUGUAAAUGGACACCUAGACACCAUUCACCCUGCAGGUGUGGUGGAGCCCAAAGAGCCCAGUGAUAGUGAAGGGAAAACAGAUCAGAAGGGGUUGAUUGCAAAGCUCAAUCUCUCUACUGAUGAGGAGGCAGAAGAAAAAGAAGAGAAAAAAAGAAAAGAGAAAGGCAGCAUUAAGUGCAUUGUGAAAAGAAAGAAGAUGAAAACCACAGUUAAUAUGAGAAGUGUUUUGUCCCAGAUGACUUUGAAUGUUCUGAUGAGCAUGAUAAUGGGUGAUCGGUAUUUUGGAGAGCAAGAGGGGGUAUCAUAUGCAGAAAUUGCACAUCUGGUUGAAGAGUCUUUUAUGCUCCAUGGGAUUGUCAAUACUGGGGAUUAUAUUCCCUGGUUGAAAUGGCUUGAUUUGCAAGGGUAUGAGAAGGCAAUGAAGAAAGUGCAGGGGAAACUUAAUCCUUACAUGCAGAGAAUAGUGGAGAAGCACCGAGAAAAUCCACCAGAAGAGAAGGAAGAGAUGGACUUCAUAGAUGUGCUCAUCUUGCAGGCUGAGGAGAAUAGUGAAGCGAUCCCUGACAAAGAUACCUUCAUCAAAGCCACUGCUGUGAAUAUAUUUAGUGCAUGUUCAGAUACUUCUUCACUUGCCUUAGAAUGGGCAUUGUCACUAUUAAUAUUGCAUCCCACCAUAAUGAAGAUGGCCCAAGAGGAGCUUGAUUCCAAAAUUGGAAAAAGUAGAUUACUAGAAGAAUCAGAUAUGCCAAAACUAAAAUACUUGCAAGCAAUAGUCAAGGAAACAUUGCCUCUUUUCCCACCCGCGCCUUUACUUGUACCACAUGAAUCUUUUCCCACCCACACCUUUACUUGUACCACGUGA